AUGCCUUCCGUAACUUUGAAGGACGUUGACCAGCACAAAUUUGUGCAAGCAUUUUCUGCAUUUUUAAAAAAGACCGGUAAAUUGCGUGUACCAGAAUGUAUGGACAUCGUGAAGACGGGUCAGUUCAAAGAGUUGGCGCCUUAUGAUCCAGAUUGGUAUUACACACGUUGUGCGGCCAUCGCUCGUCACAUCUACAUCCGCAGUCCCAUUGGUGUUGGUGCAGUAGCAAAAAUAUUCGGUGGACGUAAACGUAAUGGAACUCACCCCAGCCACUUUUGCAAAUCUUCCGGUGGGAUUGCACGUAGAGCUCUCCAAAGUUUGGAGCAGCUUAAACUAAUUGAAAAAACACCAAUGGGGGGUCGUAAACUCACCAGCCAAGGACGACGUGAUUUGGAUCGUAUUGCUGCUCAAGUAAAAGCUAAAUGCAAAAAGCAAUUGAAGCUCCAAGAAACUCUCGUUCUUUAA